GGCCCCAGCAUGGCGGCGGCGGUGCGCGCCGCGGGCUGUCUGUCUGCACUGUGCGGCGUGCCGGCGGGACAUUUAUGGUCCAGGCAACUUUAUCUGCACACCUAUCCAGCAGCAUCUGUUUUGGGGUUGAAACCUGUUCUCAGCAAUGGAGUUGGAGACCGUCACUUCACCAGCUUGGCACGUGCCCUUCAGACGCAAUGCUGGAUUUCUCCUCCCAGUCACCUCAUGGGCCAACAGAGCAGAUCCUAUAGUUUCUUCACCAAAUUGACAGCAGAUGAGCUAUGGAAAGGUGCUUUAGCAGAGACUGGUGCUGGAGCAAGGAAAGGAAGAGGCAAAAGAACUAAGAAAAAGCGAAGAAAGGAUUUGAACAGGGGUCAGAUCAUUGGAGAAGGGCAUCAUGGCUUCUUAUGGCCUGGUUUGAACGUCCCUCUUAUGAGAAAUGGAGCCGUGCAGGCUAUUUCCCAGAGAAGCAAGGAAGAGCAAGAGAAGGUGGAGGCUGAUAUGGUUCAGCAGAGAGAAGAGUGGGACCGGAAAAGGAAGAUGAAGGUCAAACGAGAGCGAGGAUGGAGUGGAAACACAUGGGGGGGCGUCAGUCUUGGCCCCCCUGACCCGGGUCCCGAUGGAGAAACGUAUGAGGAUUUUGAUACCAGGAUACUUGAGGUGAGAAAUGUUUUCAAUAUGACAGCAAAAGAGGGAAGAAAGAAGUCAGUCCGCGUCCUGGUUGCCGUGGGGAACGGCAGAGGAGCUGCAGGUUUUGCCAUUGGGAAAGCCACAGAACGGAUGGACGCUUUUAGGAAAGCAAAGAACAAAGCAGUUCACUAUUUGCACUAUAUAGAACGAUAUGAAGACCAUACAAUAUUCCAUGACAUUUCUUUAACGUUUAAAAGGACACAUAUCAAGAUGAAGAAACAACCCAGAGGCUACGGCCUCCGCUGCCACCGGGCCAUCAUCACCAUCUGCCGGCUCAUUGGCAUCAAAGACUUGUACGCCAAGGUCUCAGGGUCUAUGAACAUGCUCAACCUCACCCGGGGCCUCUUCUAUGGGCUCUCCAGCCAGGAAACCCAUCAACAGCGGGCUGAUAAGAAGAGUCUCCAUGUUGUGGAAUUCCGGAAGGAAUGUGGCCCUCUGCCCAUCGUGGUCGCCUCCCCCCGGGGGGCCUUGAGAGAGGAUCCAGAGCCCGAAUAUGAUGUUCCAGACGUCAGGCUGGACUGGGAAGAAAUGAAGGCGGCACAGGGCAUGAAGCGUUCCGUGUGGGCCGGUCUGAAGAGGCCUGCCGCCUAGGCUGCCCUCUGGCCUCAUGCAGCCCCCCCACUCUGUCCACUACCUAGAGGAGACUCCACCCUACGUUGGAAUGCAACUUUUUUCCCCAAAGCCAACCUUCUUAAUUUAUAAAUAAUAAAUGUGACUUUAAUUUGUUUAGCACAUGCUA